AUGGACCAAGAACAGCUAUUCACAGAAGAAUAUGCGAGAACACAAGACGAGCAGGAUCCUCUCAAAGACUUCCGCGACCAUUUUGCGAUUCCUACGAAAGCAGAUUUGAUCAGACCGAAUAUCGGCGGCAAGAAAGAUGAAACCAACAAGGAGCUCUCAACAUACUUGUGUGGCAACUCGCUGGGAGUACAGCCAACGUUGACCAGAAAAUACUUCGAAGAAUACCUAUCCACCUGGGCGCAAAAGGGCGUCUUCGCCCACUUCAAAGAGCUGUCCGACACGCGCCUCUCGCCUUACAUCGACGUCGACGAGGAUGUACGCGGAGACAUGGCCCAGAUCGUUGGGGCAAAGAAAGAAGAAGUCGCCGUGAUGAACACCUUGACAGUCAACCUCCACUUUCUCAUGUGCAGCUUCUACAAGCCCACCAAAGACCGCCACAAAAUUCUGAUAGAAGGACGAGCCUUCCCGAGUGACCACUUCGCCGUCGAAUCUCAGAUCCGCUUCCACGGUUUCGACCCAAACGACUCGAUGGUCUUCCUCGAACCGCCAUCAGACGCCGACUCGAUGCUUUCGACAGAGUACAUCCUCUCCGUCAUCGAUCAACACGCUUCAGAACUCGCGCUUGUCCUUCUCCCAGGAAUCCAAUACUACACGGGCCAAUUCUUCGACAUGGCCGCCAUCACCGCACAUACACGCAGCCAAGGCAUCAUCUCCGGCUGGGACCUCGCCCACGCCGCCGGAAACGUCCCCCUCCACCUCCACGACUGGAACGUCGACUUCGCCGCCUGGUGCACGUACAAAUACCUCAACAGCGGUCCAGGAAGCAUAGGCGGGUCCUUCGUCCACGAACGCCACGGCCAAGUCAAAAAUGUCGGGACCGAAGACGACCCAGCAUUCGAAUACCGCCCCCGAUUGCAAGGAUGGUGGGGUUCCCAAAAGUCCAGCCGCUUCGCCAUGUCAAACAACUUCGAGCCCAUCCCCGGCGCAGCAGGCUUCCAAGUCUCCAACAUCUCCGUCGCGGACACGACGGCCGUGCGCGCCAGCCUCGACGUCUUCAACCAAACCUCCAUGUCCGCCAUCCGCGCCAAAAGCCUCAAAAUCACCGCCUACCUCGAACAGCUCCUCGACCUCCUCCUCAAAGAACAAGAAGCGAAAUUCGGCAUUAAACUCUUCCACAUCAUCACGCCCCGGAACCCCGACGAGCGAGGCGCGCAAUUAUCUGUGAAGCUCGAACGGGGGUUACUAGACCUCAUCAUGGAGAUUCUAGAGCAUAACAGCAUCGUCGUGGAUGAGCGAAGACCAGACGUCGUGCGAGUCGCCCCCGCGCCGCUGUACAACUCCUAUCAGGACGUUCGACAUUUCGUGAAGGUGUUCCGGGAGGCGUGUGAGGAGGUGUAUAGCAAAGAUCAGGAUUUGCGGGUUAAAGGAAGAUGA